UUCUAGAACUUAGGUUCCCUGUCCUAUCUCUUCCUUCAGCAUUCCCACGGGUACCUGACCUCCAUGGCUGUGACCAACCUCACAUACCAACCACAGUUCCAGCUCCUCGGCUUGAUGGAUGGCACAGAUUCCCACCCGCUGCUGUUUCUGCUUUUCCUUAGCAUUUACCUGCUCAACGUUCUGGGCAAUCUGAGCAUAGUGGUGCUGGUGAGGUCCGACGGGGCUCUGUGCUCCCCCAUGUAUUAUUUCCUGGGUCAUCUGAGCCUCGUGGAUGUCUGCUUUACCACAGUCACUGUCCCCAGACUGUUGGCCACCCUGCUCCACCCUGGCCAGGCCAUGUCCUUCCAGGCUUGCUUUGCCCAGAUGUACUUCUUUGUAGCUCUGGGCAUCACUGAGAGCUACCUCCUGGCAGCCAUGUCCUAUGACCGUGCGGUGGCCGUGUGCAGGCCGCUGCACUAUGGUGUAGUCAUGACACCUUGGCGCUGCUUUGUGUUGGUGGCUGCAUCCUGGGCUGUGGCCCAUCUGCACUCUCUGCUGCAUACGCUGCUCAUUUCUGCUCUCUCCUACCCUCGCUCCGCCCCAGUGCGCCACUUCUUUUGUGACAUGACCGUAAUGCUGAGCUUGGCAACCUCUGACACGUCAGCUGCAGAGACUGCUAUCUUCUCAGAGGGCCUAGCAGUGGUGCUGACCCCUCUGCUCCUAGUGUCCCUCUCCUAUGCACACAUCCUCGUGGCAGUGCUUGGAAUGCGGACCACAGGUGGCCGGCACCGUGUCUUCUCCACUUGCGGGACCCAUCUGGUGGUGACUGGAGCAGCUGGGGGAAUGCAAAUAACAUCAACAGGUGACUGGAGAAGAAGCUCAUCCACAGUGGGAAUGCGGAAUGCAAAUAACAUCAACAGGCUGUGCAUGUAUAGAAUUACAACUGUGAACUGCUUUGAUAGAGAAGAAGACAGGGCUGUGGAGGGUUUUCACAUUUUACUACCCAGAUACCUUCAGGCAGGUAAGGACUAUUUUAGUCCUCAAUGCAUUUUUGGAAAAAUAAACAGUGUCAACAUAGGCAUUAUUAGGAAGAUUUCCUUUCAAAGGUAGUCUUUAAGGCAUAUUUUAGGAAAUAUGAAAAUCCACUCAAGAAGUCACUAGAAUAAAUAUGUAAAGCAAUGAACAAGGCUUUGUUCAUUAUAGGAGCUAUUAAUCACACGCCUACAAGCUUUUGAUGAAAUAGAGAAUCACAUUAUUUCAACAUAUAAGGGAGGAAAAACUUACCUAGGGAUAACAAAUAGAUUCUAGACCUAUCGCUAUUUACAUUUUCUUAUACUAUACCAUGGGCCACCGCUUUGCUAUCUAUAAAUUAUAUGACAUUUAAUGGGACUAGGUAUAUUGUUAGAGAGUACUCA